AUGGCGGUCUACUUGGAAUUUGAAUAUCAAGAGAGGCCUCAGAAGGCUGACGACGAUGGCGGCAAGUCAUCCAAGAGCUCCGCCAAAGACAAGUCUAAGUCUACCGGCAAGGGCAAGUCUGACAAGACGACUGAGAUCAACGCUGAAGCCGUCCCUGUGCCUGCUCCUAACACUGGCACGCCUGUGGCCGUGAUUCAUCCAGGUAUCCUGCCAGUCAUCCCGACGACACUUACCGUGCCGCCGGCCUCUUUCACUCCUGGGUUCUCCCCUUUGCCUUCUUUGGCUGCUCUGGCGACCUCCGCUGCACUCUCUGAGACUCUCGUUCCUUCAGGAACUCCCACUGGUACUCCUCGCACUCUGAGCGCUUCCCAUGGGGACCACGCUAGUCAAAAAGGUGCUAAACACUUACCGGUGGUCUUGAUCGUGCUCGUCUUGGUGGGGGUUGGCUUUCUCGUACUUGGCGCCUUCAUCAUUCGUCGAGCCCGCAUGCGGCCGCGCCAGCGCACCUGCCCCACGCCGUCUUUGCCCAUCUUCCAGGACCCUUUCGCCGAUCAAGACAUAAAGGUGGAUGAGGAGUCCCUCUUUGGCGGCAAGGAGCGCGCUUCCGCUGUUGCGCGGCCUAACAGCAAUGGCCUCUGGACCUGGACUCAGUACACUCCCAAGCCGUCUUCGCAAGCACUCGGAACUGGAGCUCUCACUGCCUACCUGUCCUUCCCCGAACCGCCGAAGUCCGUACCCGUAGCACCGAAUCAGACCAAGACCGCGCCCCCACCAGCACCAGCACCCGUUCAUGUCCCUCUACCAACGACCCCUGCGCCCACAAACCCUCCCAUGCAGCAGAUGCAGAACGCGCUAUCUCGUGCCGCGAACAGAGUAUCGGCUCUCUCCAUGUCGAUUUACCCGACCUCGCCUCAGUCUACUAGCGGUAUUGGGCUCGCUAUCAGUGGACCGUCUCCUCUUACUGCGGACGGCACUCCUGUUCUCCAGCGCAAGGUGUCAUCCCACCGUCUCUCGAAGGGCCGGCGGAGCAUGCGCCACAGCGUCGCCGCUACCGAGUACAACGACAUGCACACAGACAUAUACGGAGGCGCGCAGAUCGCGUCGCCGUUCAUCGUCAGCCCGCAGCCGCCACCGCUGCCCCCGCUCUCUACAAUGCCCAAGCCUGCCUUCCCUUCGACGACGACGAUCAACAACAGUGGCCAGGGCGUGGGACGCGCACGCGUGAAGGGGCCGUACAACCCCGGCUCUGGUAUGCGCUCGUCCUCGACCGUCGCAGGCAUUGCCACCCUCGCACGCGCGAACCGCUCCUCGGUCAUGGUCCCCUCCUCUGAGACGCAGUACAUCCUACCUCCGCUCUCGCCCCCGCCGAAGUCGCCGGCCCACCGCGAGCGUGAGACACGCGCACUCGCCUCCGCCAUGGGCCUCGCGAGCCCCGAGCCGUGCGCAGACCCUGCAUACAUGCUCUCCCCGCAGCCCACGCUCUACCCUGACGACUCGAUCACACUCGCAGGUGACCGUCGUCGCUCGCGGCAGAAGAGCACCGCGCACGGGGCACACGGACGCGCACAGAGUGAGGCACAGGCGAUGAGCCCGGGCACGGAGGCGAGCGCGCGCCUCGGGAACUUGAUGCUCGCGGAGUUCACGAGCAUGGCGUCGCUGCCGUCGACGCGCACAGUCGCUGGUGUGCCCGCGAGCGGGUCGAAGGGGCGUGUAGUGCCGCGGAAGAACGUGCGCGCGGACGAUAAGCCUCCCCGCGUACCGUCGCCCCCGCCGAUGCCCAGCCUGGCGCAAAUGGCGAUGGCGCAUGCGAACCCGGAGGAGUAUGCGGACUAUCGGAGCCCGACGUACAGCAUCUAUGGGCUGUACGAGGCGGAGCGGAAGAGCAGGAUGCCGAGCGAGGCCGGGUUCUGA